UGCACAACACACACAACACAUCCUUCCCGAAGCCCGGCCACGUCCCAAGCAUUGAGCGUGUGUGCGUGAGUGCGUGUUCUUUGUGCUUCAACUUUGAGUCGUCGAUCUGCCAGAAAUCGCGUGUGAAUACGCGCAAAAAGUUAACCCACACACACUCACCGGCAAAAUCGCAGAAAUAAAUUGCAAAAUAACGAAAUAGGAAUACCAGGGUAAAAAGAAUUCAAUUGUUGCAUGUUUGCUCAAUGAGGCGCAACUAAUUGUUGUUGUUGUUAUUGCAGUGUGUGUGUGAGUGUAAUCGAAAUCAAAAUCAAAUCAAAUUAAAUUACAAGUCAAACGUGGUCAAGUGAAAAAGCUGUGUGUGUAUUUUGCAGUAUUUUGACUUGUUGCAAAAGUUUGCCAUUAAAUUUCGAAGGUGCUUGAAAGGCUUCGACGUAAAUGGGCAGCUAAUUAGAAUUGUGUCUACGGCAUCACUUUUGGGGGAGCUAAAAAUAAAUUUCCACUUAAGUUCGGGCAACAGACACGGCCAAUUAAAUUGGGGAAGCAAAAUCGAUACAAAAAGAUCAAAGGCAAAAGGAGCGUAUCAAAUGCAGUCAACGAUAUUAAAUUCGAUUAAUUCAUUAAAGUGAGCCCGUAAAUCUGCAACUAAUAAAACAAUUAAGCCUCAACUGACAACAAUACACAUAUAUGUAUAUCUGAAAUAAAAUUAAAUGCAAAAGUGUCGAGCGAAUUAAUCAAAAGUGACAAAGGAUAAAAAGCAAAAAAAACAGAUGUUGCGCAUGAAAAUUGAAUUGCGAGUGCCGGCUUAGGGCAAUAACAAUUGCAAUACGAAACGUAAUCGAAAUCGAAAUGUAAUCAAAGUGUUUGACGUUCUGACCUAAAAAUAUAUCUACUUGAAUUUAUAAAUAUACUAUACAUAUAUUUAUAUGCUUUUACGAUAUCGUCAUGCAAAUUGUAGAAAUUACUGUGAAAGCAAAAUACAAAUAAAAUAGAUACAAAAUUUUUCAAAUGGCAAAACUGCAAUAAAUCGAUGGCAUAAAUGUGUUUAAGUGUUUUUAUCUCUCGCUCGUGUGAGUGCGCUCGUGUGUGUGCAAUAAUUGAGCACACAUUUUGAAAUAUUGAAAAAAAAAGAAUAUAUAUCUAUAAAUUAGUAACGUCCGUAAAAUAUAGAAAGGUUUUCGCUGGCAUAAUUUAGGCUUAUAAAACAUUUUAAGCCGCGCUACCAAACACAUUUAAAUAAAAGCAGGAAAUAGUGUGGAAAAAAGGCAAAAAUCACAUAAAAAAAAGUGUCAUAUCAAUUUGUGUUUACAUGUGUGCAUUUGAGUGUGUAUCCGUGUGUCAUAAACAAAACGACAAUUUGGAUUAGCUGAGGCAUAAAAAAGAAUCCCUCUUUUACUGUUGCGGCGCAUAAUUGACACUUUAAUGCACUUCAAUUCGAAUUCAAUGCCACAACAUUUGAGCACGAGGUCGCCAUAUAAUAACAUUAACUGCAGACAGUAGAUACAGUCUCUCCCCACAAACUAUAUAAGUAUAUACUUCUAUAAUAAAAAUAUACAAAAAAAAAAGGAAAGCGAACUGAAAAUUAAAGCUGUAGCAGAGAUAAAAGAAACCACUUUGAUUGCAACAUAAAAUUGCCAUAGAAAACUGCAUAAAAAUUGCAACGAGAGCGGGUAAAAUAAAAUACAGCAAGCAGCAAGAAGGAGAAGGGAGCAGAAUAGUAACGAAAGCGUAAUAGAUAACUGAAAAGAGUCAAAAAGUCGACAACGACGACGACGAUUGUCGAUUCUAAACGGGGUCAGUAAUUUGCUGCACGAUUGCCAGAAGAGCCAACGGCCCAACGAACUGGAAGUUUAAUUGCCUCAGCAUCAGCCUCUGCUUCAGCUUGUUGUUGUCAAUAUUCGUUGUUGGUGUUCCUUCCAACUUGUCCGCAAACGAAUGCAACAAUUAAAGGCAAAAACUUUUCGACAAAAUGCAGUUGCCUACGCUAAGGCGCCAAUUCGCUGAGCAAAUUCAUCGACAACACUUGUCCACUGAAUAGGCAACAAGGACAACAGCAACAGAAAAAAAAAAGGAAAAUUUAACCCGAAAAAUAUAACAUCAAACUUCGCCAAAGACCGAAACGAAGAAGAGAUAAUCGAAAGGAGGAAGGGGCGAAGCUUAUAAAUUGUCUGCUUCUAAUUUGAAUGGACUCAACAGCAUUCGACAUACAAAUGCAUAUUUGGAAACUUUUGUUAAUUGUUACAAAAUUUGUACGCAUUGGUAUUGCCGACAAAAACGACUCACCGCCAUAUUUCGAUAGAUUUCUGUACGAGACUGAAAUCGAUGAAAAUGCCGAUUUGCAGAGCACAGUUCUCACUGUCAACGCCAAGGAUCACAAUGAGUCGACGAAUAUUCGAUACCAGAUCACAGGCGGUAACAUAGGCAAUGCAUUUGCCGUGCAGAACACAACCGGCGUCAUCUACGUGGCCAGUCCGCUAGACUAUGAAACACGGCCAAGGUAUGAACUGCGCUUGGAGGCAACACGCAAUCGAAAGAACAACUACACCACCGUUGUAAUCAAUGUACGCGAUGUUAACGAUAAUCCACCUGUCUUUGAUCGCCAAACAUAUCGCACACAAAUCACUGAAGAAGACGAUCGAAAUUUGCCCAAACGCAUAUUGCAGGUUACUGCUACGGAUGGCGAUGUAGAUAGACCAAUAAAUAUUGUAUAUUUCCUAACCGGCCAGGGCAUCGACCCUGAUAAUACGGCAAAUAGUAAAUUUGAUAUAAAUCGCACAACUGGCGAUAUUUUUGUACUCAAGCCUUUGGACCGAGAUCAGCCCAGCGGGCGUCCGCAAUGGCGUUUCACCGUAUUUGCGCAGGAUGAGGGCGGCGAGGGUCUGGUCGGCUAUGCGGACAUUCAAGUUAAUCUGAAGGACAUCAAUGACAAUGCGCCACAGUUUCCGCAGGGCGUCUACUUUGGCAAUGUCACCGAGAAUGGCACCGCCGGCAGCCCGGUGAUGACAAUGUCUGCCAUUGACUAUGACGAUCCCAACGAGAGCACAAACGCCAAGCUAAUCUACUCAAUUGAGAAGAACGUCAUCGAGGAGGAAACGGGCGCACCCAUCUUUGAAAUUGAACCCGAAACGGGCCUCAUCAAGACCGCCGUCUGUUGUCUCGACCGUGAACGCACUCCCGACUAUUCGAUCCAAGUGGUCGCCAUGGAUGGCGGUGGCCUCAAAGGCACUGGCACCGCAUCCAUACGCGUCAAGGAUCUCAACGAUAUGCCGCCACAAUUCACCAAAGACGAAUGGUUCACCGAGGUGGAUGAGACCAAUGGCACCCACAUACCCGAAACACCCAUACUCACGGUCACUGUACAGGACGAGGAUGAAACGAAUACUUUCCAGUACAAAGUGGUGCCAAACAGUGGCUUUGGUGCCGAUAAAUUUGCCAUGGUCCGGAAUGCUGAUGGUACUGGCUCGUUGAAGAUUAUUCAACCCUUGGACUAUGAGGAUCCAUUGCAGAGCAGCGGCUUUCGUUUUCGCAUUCAGGUGAACGACAAGGGCGAUGACAGUGGCAGCGAUAAAUAUCAUGUGGCAUACUCUUGGGUUGUUGUCAAGUUGCGCGACAUCAACGAUAAUGAGCCGCGCUUUGAGCGCGAUCACAUCGAAGUCUCGAUCUAUGAGGACACCAAAGUGGGCACUAUUCUCGAACAGUUUCGUGCCACGGAUGCCGACCAAGGUGGCCACUCGAGAGUCAACUAUAAGAUUGUGCGUGCCACAAAUCGACGACGGCAAUUUGCCAUCAGCGACAAAGGCGCCAUCAGCAUACAGCGUCCCUUGGAUCGCGAGUCUGUCGAUCGGCAUCAUGUGCAGAUCUUGGCCAGUGAUGAUGGCAAUCCUUCACGCACUGCGACUGCUACCCUCACUGUGGUUGUCAAGGAUGUGAAUGAUAAUGCGCCUACGCUGGCUGAAGAUUACAGACCUACGUUGCCGGAGAAUGUUUCAGCGCGCAAGAUCAUCGAGGUAGCCGCUAAAGAUGUCGACGAUCGACAGCGCGGCAAUGGCGGUCCCUUUAGCUUUCGACUCGAUCCGCUGGCCAGCGAUGAGAUACGUGCGGGAUUCAAGGUGGAAUACGAUCGACGAGGCGACAAUGGUAAUGGGGUGGCCAUCAUCUCCUCGCUGCGUCCCUUUGACCGUGAGCUGCAGAAAUCCUUUACCAUACCCAUUGAGAUAAAGGAUAACGGGGCGCCAGCCAUGACAGGCACCAGCACAGUGACGGUGACCAUUGGCGACGUCAACGACAACAAGAUGCAGCCGGGCAGCAAAUCGGUGUUGGUCUACAACUAUCAAGGACAAUCGCAGGAUACGCCCAUUGGCCGUGUGUACGUUAACGAUCCCGACGACUGGGAUGUGCCCGACAAGAAAUACUACUGGGAGGCCCAGGAGCACCAGCGCUUCAAGCUCGACACCGACACCGGCAUUUUGACAAUGCGAGCGGGCACAAGACGUGGACGCUAUCAGCUGCGCUUUAAGGUAUACGAUCGUGAGCAUGGUCAGGAGGACAUACCCGCCAAUUUGAGCGUCACUGUGCGCGACAUCACAGCGGAGGCGGUGCAGCAAGCUGGCUCCAUGCGCUUGGCACACAUCACCGACGAAGACUUUGUGCGCACCUGGAAUCCACUGAAACAACAAGUCGAACCCUCGAAGCUGGAGCGUUUUCGCAACAAGCUCGCCGAGCUGCUCUACACGGAUCGCGACAACGUGGACGUGUUCAGCGUACAGCUGCGAGCUCAGUCGCCAUAUCCGCUGACCGAUGUGCACUUUGCAGCCAGAUCAGCAACGCAGCAGCCGUACUUCAAAGCGGUGCGACUCAAUGGGGUGGUGCAAAUGCAUCGCGAGGAGAUCGAACAGGAGGUGGGACUGAACAUUACGAUGGUGCACAUCGAUGAGUGUUUGCACGAGGGUCGCGGCAAGUGUGCCAGCGGAUCGUGCACCUCCCGUGUGGAUUUAGGCAAGAAACCGUAUACAGUGAGCGUCAAUCGUACGGCGCUGGUUGGUGUGCGUCUCGAGUUGAGUGCACAGUGCGUUUGCCGAGCGAGGAAUUUCACCGAUCACGAUCACAAUUGUCGCACGCAUCAUUGCUUCAACGGGGGACGAUGCGUGGAGACGCGCAAUGGGCCGCGUUGUGUGGCAUGCCCCGUGGGCUAUGGCGGACCACGUUGCCAGCAAUCGACACGCAGUUUUCGUGGCAAUGGUUGGGCCUGGUAUCCACCGUUGCAACUGUGCGCCGAAUCGCAUUUGAGCCUGGAGUUUAUCACACGCGAAGCGGAUGGUUUGAUACUCUACAAUGGGCCGAUUGUGCCGCCGAAAGUGGGCGAGCUGGUAAUCAGUGACUUUAUAGCCAUUGAACUGGAACAGGGCUAUCCGCGUUUGCUUAUCGACUUUGGCUCCGGCACCUUGGAGUUGCGUGUGAAGACCAAAAAGACGCUGGACGAUGGUGUCUGGCAUCGCUUGGACAUCUUUUGGGAUGCCGAAAAUGUGCGCAUGGUUGUGGACUUUUGUCGCACGGCUUUGGUUUCGGAACUCGAGGAUGGCACGGCGCCAGAAUUUGAUGAUAAUGCGUGUCAGGCACGGGGUCAAAUACCGCCAUUUGCCGAGACACUGAAUCUCAAUCAGCCACUGCAAUUGGGCGGUUUGUAUCGACAGCAUUUCGAUCAAACGCUGUACAAUUGGCAAUAUGCAUUCAGCUCGAAGGGUUUCGAUGGCUGCAUACGCAAUGUUGUGCACAAUUCGGAGCAUUAUGAUUUGGCUUUCCCAGCGCUGUCGCGUAACAGUUUUCCCGCCUGUCCGCAAACCGAUGAAGUUUGCUUAAAGACGGAGCAUACAGCCAGAUGUUGGGAUCAUGGCAAUUGUGUCGCCAGCUUGGUGCAGGCCAAGUGCCAUUGUCAACCUGGUUGGAUGGGUCCGGGUUGCAAUGUGCCCACUGUGCCCACCACAUUUAAAGCGCAAAGUUACGUUAAGUUUGCAUUGAGCUUCGAACCCGAUCGUUUUAGCACUCAGCUGCAGUUGAGAUUUCGCACUCGGGAGCAGGCUGGCGAAUUGUUUCGUGUCAGCGAUCAGCAUCAGCGUGAAUAUGCCAUCUUGGAGUUGCGACGCGGACAGCUGCAGUUUCGCUACAAUCUGAAUUCGCUGCGGAACGAGGAGCAGCUUCUGACGUUGACGGCAAUCACUGUGAACGAUGGACAGUGGCAUGUGGUGCGCAUAAGUCGUUAUGGCUCGGCAGCCAUUAUGGAACUGGAUGGCGGCGAGUCGAGGCGUUACAAUGAAUCGUUUCACUAUCAGGGACAUCAGUGGCUCAGCAUUGAUAAGCAGGAGGGCGUUUAUGCAGGCGGCAAGGCCGAAUAUACGGGCGUCAAAACGUUUGAGGUGCAGGCGGACUUUCAACGCAGCUGCCUCGACGACAUCAGACUUGAUGGCAAACAUCUGCCGCUGCCGCCGGCAAUGAAUGGCACCCAAUGGGGACAGGCGACAAUGGCAAGGAAUGUGGAACGAAAUUGCCCAUCGAAUCGACCAUGCUCCAAUGUCAUCUGUCCGGACCCCUUUGAUUGUGUUGAUUUGUGGAAUGAAUACGAGUGCACCUGCAGCGAAGGACGCAUCAUGUCAACGGACACGAAGGGCUGUGUCGAUCGUAACGAGUGUUUGGACAUGCCGUGCCUAAACGGUGGCACGUGCAUCAAUCUGGAGCCACGAUUGCGAUAUCGUUGCAUUUGCCCCGAGGGCUAUUGGGGCGAGAACUGUGAACUUGUGCAGGAGGGGCAACGUUUGAAGCUUAGCAUGGGCGCCUUGGGCGCCAUAUUCGUCUGCCUGAUUAUCAUACUGAUUCUCGCAUUGAUAUUCGUGCUGUACAAUCGCAAGCGCAAGACGACCAAAAAGAAGAAGCGCUCCGGCACCGAAAAGGAUGUGCGUGAAACGGUGAUUAGCUACGAGGACGAAGGCGGCGGCGAGGAUGAUAUGACGGCCUUUGACAUAACGCCACUGCAAAUACCAAUCAGUGCACAGACCGGCAAUAUGCCACCCGAUAUUGCCGCCUGCAAGAUGCCUAUUAUAUAUCCAGUGAUGACGUUGCUGCCACCGGGCCAGGAAUUGAAUGUGGCGUAUCUGAUGGAGGAGCGUAAGCAACGCAUCGAUAAGGAUCCCAAUGCGCCGCCCUUCGAUGACCUGCGCAAUUUCACCUUCGAGGGCAGUGGCAGCAUUGCCGAAUCGCUAAGCUCGUUGGCAUCAGGCACCGACGAUGAGAAUCAAGACUUUAACUAUUUACAAAAUUGGGGUCCACGUUUCAAUGCCCUGGCCGCGAUGUACGUGCAUGAUAAAGCGAAAACCAAACAUGACUCUCAAGUGGGCGGCGCCACGCCAGCGGAUAAUAUGCUCGCCGUGGUUGCAACAGGCAGCGGUGCCGGACCAGGCGGUGGCGGUGGUUCUACUUCUGCUGUUGCCACCACAGAGCCGGGCAAAGUUGUAUUAUAAAAGCGAAGAAGAAAAAGCAAAAAAAAUAAAUGAAUAAAUAGUUAAGUUGUAGUUAAAAAUAAUGAAGGAAUCCAAAAGCGAUUUCAAACUUGAAACUAAAAACUUAAGUAAUUCAAUGUAUAUCGAAAGUGUAUGAAUGUGAAUGUGAAUGAGUGUGAAUGAGUGAUUUAGGUUAGGUUAAUGUUACUUCUCUAAUACCAAAGCAUACUGAAAAUACUAAAAAAGAUAACAAAAUAUACU